AUGUCUUUUGUCAUGCCGGAGCCGUCCUCGGCUCUUGAGGGUACUCCGACUGCCGGCGACUGGGGAUUCUCGGGGCCCGUUAAGGGGUUUCCUUCGGCUCAAACAGCUCCGUUAUCGGCUCUCGACGUCGCAGCUCCAGCGGAGCAGAGUCCCGUCCAGGCGGAGCACUGGGAAGCGCUGUACGCGUCAGUGCAGGACGCGAUGCUCAUGUACAACGCGCAGUUCGUCUCCGCGCUGGCGGAUGGUAACCCGCCCGCUGCUGACGUCAUGGGGUCCCUGGACGAGGCCCUGCAGGACCUUGCGAAAGACGUCUACGUGGCAAUGGAUAAGAUGGAAGAGGGAGUCAGCAGCAGUCAACGAGCGGCGCUGUUUCCUAUCCGUGUAUUUGCAUUGUGUGCCUCUUUGGAAGUUGCUCGCUGCCGGAGGCUGUUCCCCAAGCAGGAGGAGGAGGAAGAGGAGGAGGAGGAAAAGGAGCAGCAGCAGCAGCAGAAAAGAGACCACUGUGUAGCAGGGGAAGUGUCAGGUGAAGGGGUUUCUAAGGAUGCUCCAGGGGUUUCAACGGAAGCUUCAGGAGAACUUCCAGGUUGGUCCUUUCUUUCCGCUGCUGGCAAUCUCAGGGACCAGCCAGCAAAAGACUACGCAGCGCUUCCGCCGUUGGAUGAGGACGAUCUGACGGUUCUGGAGCAGCUGCUGGAGGAGGCCGGGGACGAGUCCAGUUUGUUUGAGUCACAGCGCCCGCUGCUGCUGCGCGUGGUGCUGCCUGGGUUCCGGGAGGAGGUAAAGAGGCGGCUGGUGGGUGCAGGGCUGGGGUGGACCGAAGGGAUGCUGGUCAAGACUGUGGUGUUUGAACCUAAGAGGAAUGCUGCUGUGUUCACCACAGGAGGUGGCAGUGCUGCUGCUAGCGGUGGUGCUGCAGGUGCUGCUGCUGAUGCUGCCAGUGCUGUUGGUGGUGGUGGGGAAGUGGGUGCAGCGACUGGUGCUGCUGCAGCUGCAGCAGCAGCAGGAGGGAAAGGAUUGACCAAGAAACCCAGCCACAACAGAACCAAAAGCGCGGAAGACAUGGCAGAACUAUCCCCGUUUGUGUCCCAUGCGGUACAAGAAUCGCUCACAGCAGGCGGCGGGCUGGCGAAGCAGAUUCCCCUGGAGGAUAUCCUAGCAGCAACAGACUCGUGGAGCCCUGAAAGGAAGCUCGGGGAGGGCGCGUAUGGCACGGUGUUCAAGGGGGUUGUGGGGCGCGGUGGGGGGAGUGAAGGUGGCGAGCUGUGGGCUGUGAAGCGGGCGGGCAAUGUGUCAGGCUCUCAUUUGGAGGAGUUUGAGAAAGAGGUGUCAUUCAUGAGUCGCAUGGCCCACCAGCAUCUCGUGCGACUCAUAGGCUUCUGGGCGGAUUGUGAUGAGCGAAUUCUCAUUUAUGAGUUCAUGCACAACGGCACCCUCGCAUCGCGCAUCCACCGCGGCAUGGUGCCAGCAUCCCCUACUGGAGACGCUCCCAAGAAGGUCCCCCCUCCCCCACUUUCCUUUGACGAGCGCGUCACUAUUUCUGUCGGAGCAGCAGAGGGUCUGCGGUACCUGCACGACUUUGCCCGGCCGCCCGUGAUCCACCGCGAUAUCAAAUCGGAGAAUAUCCUGCUGGCAGCGGAUCUGCAGGCCAAAGUGGCUGAUUUCGGGCUGCUGAAAACGAGUGAUCAAGGCGGGCCUGGGCGGCAUGUGGCUAGAACGAGGCUGAUGGGCACUCCUGGGUAUUGUGACCCUGAGUAUUCGCGGACUUACAUUGCCACGCCCAAGAGUGACGUGUACAGCUUUGGAGUGGUCCUUUUGGAGCUGAUUACGGGCCGACGGGCCAUCCUGGCGGAGCCGAGUCAGAAGACGGGGAUGAACCUGGGCAACGUGGCGUCACUGCUGCAGCGCUCCAAGCGCAACGCCAAAGCCAGCGCCAUGGAGCCAGGCGCCACCACCACUCUCGUGCAGUGGGCCAUUCCCCAAAUAACAGCAGGCAAGCUCAAAUCAGUAGUCGACCCUUCCUUGGAAAACAACUACCCACCGGGAGCAAUGAAAGCAUUCGCCAAUGUGGCAGCCAUGUGCGUCCAAAAGACUGCCGCCCAGCGGCCGACCAUGGCUGAGGUGGCUACACGCCUGUCUGCCAUCCAGCACAAGGUGCAAGACCUGCACAUCCAGGGGGAAGAGCCCAAGUAUAACUUCCAACCCACCAUCGGAACUAGUGCCCCGACCGGUGCUGCUGCUGCUGCCACACCCAUUCCCAGAGCACACUCAGGGAGGCCGAUCACCAUGACUGUGGAGACUGAAGUCAUUUCUCAAGCAGCAUCCCCUUCCUCUAACUUCACAGCCGCCAUGAGCAGGGAUACGCCAUUCUACUAUGUCUGGCCCGCGACGGAGCCUCUCGCGCAGAAUUUCGAGUGGAAGGUCGAUGAGACGCCGGUGUCGAACCUUCCGUUGAUGCUCUGCACAUGUAUAGGCUAUGUCGCGUUCAUUCUAGGGCUGAAAUGGUACCGGACAAAGAACAAGAUGGCACCAGUAAAUCUGGGCUUCCUUCCUGCCAUUCACAACCUGAUCCUGUGCCUCUGGUCCCUGGCAAUGUUCCUGGGAACGAUCCACGCAAUGCUUCUGGAUUCCGAGAUCAACAAGUAUGACACCGGCAUGGGCAAGUACACGUGGCUUCUUUGUUUCCCCUCCACCGUCAAGCCAGUCGGUUAUCUGUGGUUCUGGAGCUACAUCUACUACCUCAGCAAGUACUACGAGCUCCUGGAUACUGUUAUCCUGGUGCUGAAGAACAAGCCGCUGUCGUUCCUCCACGUGUACCAUCAUGCAACCAUCGUCUUCCUCUGCUGGCUGUGGCUAACAAACACGCAGUCUCUCCAGGUCAUCGCCAUCACCAUCAACACCGGGAUCCACGUCAUGAUGUACUUCUACUAUUUCAUGCAUAGCAUUGGCAUGCCUCCUCCAUGGAAGAUGUUCGUCACCAACAGCCAGAUCAUUCAGUUCAUGGUCGGCACUUUCGUCUCCUUCCCGCUCAUCUACUUCCACUUCACCCGGCCGACUGGCUGCGCCGGAUUCGAGUCGUUCUGCUUCAACCUCUUCUUCAAUUCCUCGCUCCUCUACCUCUUCGUCGACUUCCACAUUCGCAACUACGGAAAGGCCGCAAAGGCAGCCAAGGCUGGGGUUCCUAGCAUACUUACCGCUGCUGCUGUCUUCGAAUCUCCGAGACGAUUGUUUACGUUAGUCGGGGGACUCCGCUCUUCCUUCGUCCCAGCUUUCCUCCCUCUUUAUCUUCUUUCCCUUUCCCAAAAUUUCUCUUGGCGCUCUUUCACUUUCUCCCUCGUUCUCUUCCCCUCGUUCGCUUCCCCACUCUCUCUUCCUCUUUCAUUUUCUCUUUCACCCUCUUUCUCUCCCCCCUUCUUGCUCCUCCCCCUUCUUUCUCCUCCCCCCUCGUUCUCUUCCCCCCUCGUUCUCCCCCUCGUUCUCUUCUCCCCUCGUUCUCUUCCCCCCUCGUUCUCUUCCCCCCUCGUUCUCUUCCCCCCUCGUUCUCUUCCCCCCUCGUUCUCUUCCCCCCUCGUUCUCUUCCGCCCUCGCUCUCUUCCCCCCUCGUUCUCUUCCCCCCUCAUUCUCUUCCCCCCUCGUUCUCUUCCGCCCUCGCUCUCUUCCCCCCUCGUUCUCUUCCCCCCUCUCGUCUCUUCCCCCCUCUCGUCUCUUCCCCCCUCGUUCUCUUCCCCCCUCGUUCUCUUCCAUAUCGUUCUCUUCCCCCCUCGUUCUUUUCCCCCCUCUUCUCACUCCACCUGUUAUCUUCCCCCUUCUCUUUCCCUCUCUUGUCUACCCAAAUCUCGUUCCUCCUUCAUAUCCCCGAACCCUUUCCAUCCCGCUCAUCUCUCUCUAUCGCUUUCUCGCUCUACCAAUCUCCUUCUCUCAAACCCCUCCCCGCUUCCCUCUUAUCUCACCACUCCCCACCCUCUCCCCGUUCCUCACCUCUCCAACUACACUAUCCGCCUGCCUGUUUUUCUCUCACCCCACUGUCUCUUUCCCCGCUCCAGUGAGGCGCUGGGUGACUUUGUGGAUGCGUGCAUGGCAGCACGGGCGCAGGCGCUGGGCUUUAAGGACCUCCAGCUGGCGGAAGCUGGUCUUCUGAUCCUGUCCCCUACCCGCCUCCCACCCUCGCACCCCAUCAGGAGGCGCUGCUUCGAGCCACCUGGCUUCUUGACGACGCUCUCCGCCCCCCUUGGGACCACCCUCUCCCCCCUUUUGCCACAUGAGGCGCUGGAAGAUUUCGUGGAUGCGUGCAUGGCGGCACGAGGUCACUCCCUGGGCUUUAAGGACCUCCAGCUGAAGCUGCUGCUGGCGGAAGCUACUUUUUCUGAUCCACUCCCCUUCCCUUCCCCUUUGCUCUUCCAUCAGGAGGCGUUGGAGGACUUUGUGGAUGCGUGCAUGGCAGCAAGGGGUCAAUUCUUGGGCUUUAAGGACCUCCAGCUGAAGCUGCUGCUGGCAGAGGCUGCUCUGCCCGCCCCCUUCUCCAUGAUGAUGGGCGCUGGCGCUGGGGCGGACGGGGAGGAGGGGGAGGAGGGGGAGGAGGGGGAGGAGGGAGGGGAAAGGGGUGGGAGAGAACGAGAAGCAAGAGAGGAGGGUGACGAGAAGGGGAGACGAGGGGGGAGAGAGGAAGGGGUGGAAGGAGGGGCGGCAGGGAGUGGAGAUGGGAAUGGGGGAGGAAGGGGAGAGGAGGGAGAUGAGGAGGGGGUGGGAGCGGAGGGAGGGGGGGAGAGGGUGGAAGGGGAUUUGGAUAGUGAUGAUGAGAGAAGGAGCAGCGCACUUAAAGCCCUUCGAGGGCCCUUUUUGGCUGAGGUUGAAGGUUAUGAGUGCAGUCUUUCACUCUCUCCUCCCGUUCUCAACCCCGUUCUCAAUCUCACCCCUUCUCUCCUCACGUUCUCACCCUCUCUCAUCUCCUGUUCCCACCCCUCUCACCUCCCUUUCUCGCCCCCUCUCACCCCCGGUUCUUUACAGGAGGUGCGGGUUCGAACGCUGUGGGUCCGGCUAGUCUACACCACACUCAACAUGGUGGACAACAUAAGGAGUGGAGAGGGGUACGAGGGAGUUGUGUCAGCAGACGGUUCUCAACCUCCUGACCCCACCGAUGGGUUCGUGCAGCAGAACGUCAAGGCAGCAUUCGACCAAGGCAGGGACUACGACUUCGUGCGGAGGGAGCAGGAAAGCCAGGCGACACCAGUGCCGCCCUCCAUAGCCACCCUGCAGCAGAUCCAGCUGCUCAUUCUGUUGGCACUUUCCAAAGGCAUGGCUGCUACCGCAUAG